UUAUUAUUAUUAUUAUUAUUAUUGUUGUUGUUCUUGUUGUUGUCGUUAUCAUUAGCAUCAGCGUCAUUAUUAUUAUUACUAUUAUUAUCAUUCUAGAACACACGUUACACACAUGUUGCGUCACUAGCAUGCGCCGAGGAGGAGAGUCACGAAAGGAGAUUUGGGAAAAUUACCUGAGAAGUCGGGAGAGGAAGUCAUCAUCCAGCAUUUAAAGGCUUGUGUUGUUGUGAUCAUCUUAAACGAAUUCGCUAUGCGUGGCCUAACUACACACAUGAAUCCAAUCAAAGUGUAGUUGCUCCGCGUAUUUACUGCACUGCUGCGAUGUGUUUUACCGUUACCCACCGUUAGCAACUGUCAGACUCGUUACAGCCACAAACUGCAGGACACACACUGGUGAGUGGGGUUAACGUUGUUAGCAAGCACCCCAGCUAACGUUAGCUAACAGUGUGUGAAAACAAAUGAUACCGUAUGUGGUUAAAGCUACUCCGGGGCUCGCUUCAGCCACAAGCCAACUACAGUUAAUCUGAAGUAAAAGUUAACGUUAAACACACCAGAAACCAUGAACUGACAGGCAACCUCGUCUCCUGGUCGACAACACUAGCUCCGUGCUGCGAGAUUUUGGCUUAAGUCGGGCUCAAGUCAGAUGGAGGACAAACUCUCUGCAGUACUUUUAUCUGCUGAUUUUGGAAACUCAGCUGCUAUGCCUUCUGUUGGACUGCUUGUGUAAAUGUGGUAGCUAUGGCUUCUUGCAAGGUAGUUGAGCUGCCAAAUGAGACCAAAGAUGUUUCUUCAGUCCCAGAACAGCUGUCUCGAUGCAGCGCUGAUGACAUCGCAGAAGAGCUUCAGUCGGAUGUGAUGAAUGCUACAGUGAAAUCCCAGAAAUCUGGAAGAUUUAGGCGGACCGCCCUGACAUUUUUUGGAGUUCGUAAAAGUAUCUGUAUUUUGCCCAGCUUUUUUGGAGGAAGGAGUAAAAAUCAGAGCAAGUGGUCUUCUAAGAAAGGAAUCACCAAAAGCAGAACACAUGAUGGGCUAAGUAAGGUCAGUCAUGAUGACAAUCUGAGAGGUGGAUACACCUCAGCUGGAGAUUUUGAGUACCACUGCCAGAGGGACUCUGCAGGAGAGCUCCACAGCAGCUGCCACAAUGAAUGUAGUCAACCCACUGCUGACCAGAAAUCACUGACUCUCACCCGUCAGAAAAAGGGUUUGAGGGGUCUUUUUCACAGUCUUAAGUACCACAGAAACCAUAGAAAUGUUGGAUUGGAUAAAACUGAAAUGAUUGCAAUGACCUCUCCUCACAGCAAGAAAGAGGUGCCUGUUGUCCAGGACAACACCAACCAGUAUGUCACGGAGUGCCUGGGAUCUGAGCCUGAUGUGCCUGAUUUUGCAGAUGUUAUAUGUGAUAUUUCCAUUGGUCCUGAAUGUAUUGAGGCUGAUGUGAUUGCAUUAGAGAAAUGUUUUGAGCAUGAAAGCCCAAAGUCUGAGCUGGAUGAUCAGAUGUGUGAUGGUCAAAUGGAGGAGAUGAAUUUGGUGACCGUAGUUUCCAGUGAAUAUGAGGAGAGCGCUAACGGACACAGUGAACCUUGUGUGAAACUUCAGACGAUGUCUGAGCCUGUAUUAAAGUCAGAAACACCUGAUGGAUCGUCAGAGCAGCUAAACCUGAUUUUUGGAGAUGUAGCAUCACUAAAAAGUUUUGAUUCACUCACUGGCUGCGGAGACAUUAUUGCAGAUCAAGAAGAUGAUAGCAUCACAGAGAGCACAGUUUCUGGAGAAAGGAGCAGAAACGGAGGAAAGAGGGCCUCCUGUUAUCUUACUUAUCAGGGUGGUGGCGAAGAAAUGGCCUCUCCAGAAGAUGUGGAUGAUGAGUGUCUUCAUGAUUUCUGUGUGUCAGAGGAAAUUUGCUAUACUUGCAACCAAGAUCACACAGAUUUGGCUGCUGACCUGACAAGUUCUCACAAUAUGGACCUGCUGAACAGCAACAGUGCACAGCAAGCCAGUGGCAUGGAUGCUUCUUCAAUUGCUGAUGUGUUAACUCCUCAAAGUGAGCAUCAAGAAUCAGUUCCAAAUAGUGAUGAGGGCUACUAUGAUUCAACUACCCCGGGGCCGGAUGAAGGACAAGAGAAAACUGAUCGACUAAGAACUGACAGAUUGCCAAGGGACAGUUACAGCGGUGAUGCCCUCUAUGAACUUUUUGCACCUGAUGAGAGUCUCAUCAGUCCACAUUAUGAAAACAAAUCAAAACUACCCAGUUCAAAUCAGUGCGAGUAUCUAAGUGAGCCAGUUGAUGUGUCAGAUUCUGCCUUUGUUCCAGAAAUGAAUCGAUUACAAAUAAGUGCUGAACUGUAUAAAGUUCACGAUUUCCUAGAGAGACCAAGCACAUGCAGUAAUUCCUCAGACUUGGCACACAAUGUGAUUGGUCAGCAGGAAGUCAGCACAAAUAAAAACUGUAACUUGAAUUCAAAACCGCAAGCAUCAAGCAGCAGUAAUAAUACUGAACCAGAUAUAUUUGAUGGAACGGAAAAUAUGCUUGCUUCCACUGAAAAAAGAACAAAAUCCAUAAAUGCGGAUUGUGAGAAAAGUCACAGCAGCAUAUCAUUCGGAUGCGUGUCUGACCCAGAUUUUGAAACAUUUUGUGAACCCAAAGAGCAACAUCUUGAGGAGAACAAGCCCGUGGCUUUACCAUACAGAAAUAUCAAUCCUCAGUCCCCAGAAUGUAGCAAUGAUUUGGAUGAUGGACAAACUGUGAGUUUCUCACAAGCACUUGUGGACUACACGAAACAGUCUCAGAUGCUGAGUAACUUGCAGAGUAAUGUGGAUGAUUUGGAGGCCAACCCUGCCUUCACUCCAAAUAUGCAGGCCUUACCUACCAUAGUCACAUUUGAUAUAGUGGAUAUGCAUAAUGAGGGUGAAUAUGAUGAGCAGAUUCAUGUGGAACUGGAGGAGGAUAUUUCAUCACCUUAUCAGGAAUUUGAGGACAGCUACCUACAAAAAGAUGCAUUCGCUGAAUGUGACUAUCAAAUGUUGGACCUGUAUGAACAGAAUCUGAUCAGUAAUACAUGGGCAGUCGCUAGUCUCCCACGGCACCUCGGCCUUACAAGAGCGAAUCAGUCCAUGCCUAAUCCACUGUCUCUAGACAGAAGAAGUAGGUCUCUGGACACAGAAAGCCUCGAGUUGAAGAUGCCUGACACAUACAGAGAGAACAGAGCUGCUAACAUUUCUUGUUCUCAAACUGAAAAGAACUCUGAAAGAGACUUCUCAUCGUAUUACAAAAAGAAUGUACUCGUGUCUGCAUCGGAGGUUAGAGACAGUAGCAGCAUUAUGGCCUUAUCAUGGCAAACAAGGUCGGAAAUGGCUUUAAGCCUUCCUCUGGCGGAUGGGGAAAUCACUGAAAAAGUACAGGGUCUCAGUCAAACCCAAGCAAAACACAAAAUGUUUUCUAGUUCAUCCAACAGUGAUUUUCCUAGUGGUAAAUCACAGCAUCUUUACUCUAACUUGUCAGACAGAGCGACAUGCGAUUUAACUUCACAUAAUACAGAGUUGUACAACAGGCAGUGUCAACUUCCUUUGCAGUCAGGUUCUGGUUCACCUCAUAGCACCUUUGUUUAUUCUGGAAUGAUGAAGGUAUCGGAUGAUGUUGAUGAGGAUGUUUUUUGUAAAGCUGCCACUAAUUUACAAUCCUAUAAUCAGUGUGGUAAAAGCAGACCAGUGCCUAGUAGGGAACGAAUAUCUCAUUCUGGAAGUCCUGUGAAGACAGGUGUGUCUAAAGAAGAAAUGGCCAUCCUGAGUGACACAAGAGCACACACGGAUGUAGCAGCCUGCAACAAACUCCCCGAGGCGACCUUUGAUUGAAAGUCAGUCGUACACUCAGCAUUAAGACCACAUGUAUAUGUGCCGAUUAGUGCUUUUAUGUUUCAUCCAAAGGUGUAAUUGUUGAUUCAUUUGUACUUACGCAGUUGAUUCUUUGGGAAGGUUGUUGCACACUGUGAUAGACAGGAUGUGAAUUGAUAACCGAGACUAUGUGCCAUCGUUUUGGGAAGUCAAAAGGGAUUUUCUGCAUUUGCACAUUAACGGUUAUUUUCUAUGUCUUGUCACUUACACGUUGAAAGUGCUCACAGAUUUAUCUCAUUAAGCUAUUGAGUUUUACUAGAAUGUUUAAACCCAUAUGUAGCCUCAGUAUCCAGGAUCCAAUAAUAAUGUCACACUUUGUUUACUGGAUAUUCAUUAGCCUGGUUUCCAGCCAAAACGAGGUUAGCCCAGUCUUUCUUACUGUGCCCCUAAAAAAAAAAAAAAAAAAAAAAAAAGAAAAAAGGGUAUGCUUCUGCUUUAAGUGCCAGUUUAUGUUUGUGUUAGCUGCUUUCUUGCCUUUUCUUCUUCACUAUGCUUUAUGCUGGUCUGUCAUGAUGCUCAAAUUUAGUGUUUGUAGCUGUUUUCUUGGUUCACCUAAUUUAAGACCUGUAGUAUCUCAGAGGGGAAAAUCACAGAGAGGUAUACCUCAGUCCACAACAUAAAAGCUAUUUCUUGAUGCCUUCAUGUGGUGUAUUUAAAAAUCAUUAAGAAUUAAUUGCAGCUUGUUUAACCUCGAAAUAUCUAACAGCUAGUUUUCCCCCUCAACCUUAAAGAGGAUAUGAAGGUAAAGGAAAUGUACAGAUGGACUGAUAGUUCUUGUAUCUUAACGUCAGCUGCCCUUUCAUUUACACACUUGAGAUAACCUCAGUACCUUAUCUUUAUAGCUCAUUUCACAAACAGUUGUCCUGUGUAUGGAAGUACUUUACAUAAGGUAUUGAAGAAAUAGCAGUUUUAUCUAGAAAAGGGUGGAGGAAAACAAAUCAAGGAAAAAAUGGCUGGUAGUACUUAAUAGACUUAAAUGUAGUGUGUUUGCUUCUGGACUCUCAAGCCAGUUUUAGGCAUUUUUUCUUUUUUGUUGUUUUUUCCUCUGCUUCCAUUUUCUGACAGCUUGAGAACCUGUGAAGUGCAAACUUCUUACAGAAAUGAUGCACUCAAUUAUUGCAUUACUAUAAGCUUGUGAAAUUUUUAAUUUGUUUGGAGUUGAAAUGUUAGGUCAAAAGAUAAACUAGUAUUUUCACCUGAUAUCAUUUUCUAGCGCAUUUAAUGUUUGAUCGAUCAGAGGUAAAACUUUCACAUGAUGUCAGGUUUUUUUUUUAUAGUGUAAUAUUGAACAAAAGUCAAAGAAUUUGUAUUUAUAUUCUUAGUUAUUUGUACACUGUAAUAUUGUGUUCAAAAUGGUUAUUACAAUUUUUUUGUUCAAGUUAACCUUUUUUGUUUUUGAUUUUUUUUUUUUUCAUUAUUGUUUCCAUGUUACAUUUGGGGAUUCCUCUUGAAAAUCUGUUACUGUUUUGUCAUAGUAGAACACUGCCUUACACUAAAAUAAACAUGACAACACAA